CUCUAACCUUAAUAUUUGCAAAUUUUGUUGCAAAUAGAGGCUUUCAGACUUUGGAAAGCAAAUAUUGAAUCAUAAGAUUUGCAUGUUGCUUCUUAGAAAGAUGAGCAGCUUCCGUGGACUGAAACUUGGCCAUGUCGUGGCGCAACUGGAAAACUUUGCACCGGCUUCGCUUGCCGAAAAGUGGGACAAUGUUGGACUCUUGAUUGAACCACAAGGAGAUAAAUUGGUGAAGAAGAUAUUAUUAACCAAUGAUCUUACCGAGCCGGUAAUGAGCGAAGCUGUUGAUGUCAAGGCCGAUUUAAUUAUAAGCUACCAUCCGCCAAUCUUCAAACCCCUCACACGCAUUACCUGCGCCAACUGGAAGGAACGCGUGGUUGCAUCUUGCUUAGUUAACGGCAUUGCUUUGUACUCGCCACACACGGCCUGGGAUAAGGUGCCGGGCGGAGUCAACGACUGGUUAGCUAAGGCCGUCAAUAUAGAAUCCAUAAAGCCAUUAGUACCAGAACCAAAUGCCGAGCCAGGCACCGGCUCGGGACGCAUCAUAGAGACUAAUAUGACCAUAUCGGAGAUAAUUGAUUCGCUACAGAAGCACAUUGAGAAUGAUGUACAUGUAGCCUUAGCUGUGGAGCAUCACCCCAAGUCUGUUAUACGCACUGUUGGAAUUUGUGCUGGUUCUGGCUCUUCGGUACUACAGGGCAUACAGGCUGAUCUUGUCAUUACUGGUGAGAUGUCACACCAUGAACUGCUGGAUUUCAAUCAUAAUGGCACUAGUGUGCUGCUAUGCAAUCACAGCAACUCGGAGCGUGGAUUUUUACGUGAAUUCCUGCCGGAGCUGAGCAAGCGUUUGGGUGCCAGCUGCCAGGUGGAAAUAUCAGAAAAGGACAGGGAUCCUCUCCACACAGAAUGUAGACUGGCUAAGCAGUAGUGAUUGAAGUUUUCUACAAUAUAUAUACAUCAAGGUAAAUGCAAA